UUAACAUGACGAAAGUAAAAAAUCCAAAACUACAAAAUCCGAUCGAGAAGCAAUUCAAUAUCAUCUCCAGAUACCACUAUUACUUCUACUUUUUAAUAUUUUCAAGUAAAAUUCCUAUUUUCUGGCACGUGUUGAGUCUGAUCUUUCUAUCACCACCGAUGGAUUACUAUUGUAAUGAAACAGAUGUGGCAACUGUUAAUUUGACGAAGAAUGUGUGUCCGUGUGUAGAACCGUUUUGGGACAGGAGCGUAUUUACUGAAACAAUGCAAACCAAAUAUGGAAUAUACUGCGAUAGAACUUGGUUGAUUAGCUUUGCUCAGAGCAUGAUGUAUGUGGGACUGUUAAUUGGUGCGUUGGUGUUUGGAUUCCUUUCUGAUAGGUACGGAAGGUUAUCUAUGUUUACGAUGAGCUGUCUAGUAUUAGGUGUCUCCGGAUCCUUGGUCAGUGCUAUGCCAUCAGCUGCAGCACACAUACUUAUCCGCAGCAUAGAAGGCAUCGGUACAGGAGGUGCAAUUAUAACUUCUUACGUACUCUGCAUAGAAUACAGUGGAGUAAGGUAUAGGGAAAUAGUGACAGCUCUGUUUCAUAUUCCAUUGAACAUAGGCCACUUGACUUUACCUGGCAUUUCGUACUUGUUGCGGCAUUGCGAUGAGUUCCAGCUGGCUAUCUCGAUACCUGUCUUCUUCUAUGUUGGCAUGCGAUGGAUGGUAAUGGAGUCACCUAAAUGGCUCAUGGACAACGAAAACAUUGAUGAGACUGUGGUUGCAAUGGAGAAGUUUGCUUCUUUCACCAGAAUUCCAAAAGAAAACAUCAGACAGCAAAUAGAAGAGUACCACGCCAUCCAUUCAACCAAAUCUCAGAGAGAGAUAAAAAUCUGGCAUUUAUUUUAUCACAAAACACUUAUUUCAAACUUUAUCUAUAUGUCAGUGAUAUAUUUCUUGUGCGGCAUGGGUUACUACGGUGUAUCCCAGUAUAUUGGCCAAAUGAGUGGUAACAUCCAUGUUAAUGUUGCUUUAUCCGGUGCAUUGCUAGUGCCUGGGACCAUAGCUUCUAUAUAUCUUAUCCAAUUGUUAAAUCGUAGGACAUUCUUAAUGUCUACUAUAUUUCUAUCAGGAGUAUUCAUGAUUGUAACUAUAUGCAUCCCUUUGCGUUAUAACUGGAUAAGGGUUUUCAUUGCAUGCAUUUGUAACUGUUUCUUUUUUGUUUCAUUUAUAAUUGUGUUUCUUUUAGGCGUCGAAUUAUUUCCAACGUCUAUUAGGAACUCAGUUUUGGGUAUACUAUCUGUUAUGUCAAGAGUCGGUCAGAUUGUAGCUCCUCUUAUAAAUGCAUUACCAGAAAAUAUUUCGGGUGUUGUGUUUGGUGUAUUAGCUUUAGUUGGGACAUUUUUUUGUUACUUACUACCGGAAACAAAAGAUAUCGAGUUGCCGUCAUCACUCGAUGAUACGAAAGUGUUGAGUCGAAGAAAAUCACAUCUGGUAGAGGAUCUUGAGCUGAAUCAGAAUAUUGCCACAUCAAGCUCGCAACAAUGAUCGUCCACUGCUAGACUACAGGUUGGCCAAACGGGAGGUUUUGACCAUAAUUACCACGACAGGCAGACGGUUUGGUGGACACACUAGUACUAAGCUCUUGCAACAAUGAGAAUAAGUUGUAAUU